UUCACGGCUGAGGGGUGGAGAGGAGAGGGGGGGUGAUCCCAUCCAUCCAACCAUCCACCACAAAUCUAGUGCUCACUGUGGCAGAAUUGCAGUGCACUGGACUGUACAGAGUAGGGUGCCAUCCAAGGCUGGUAGUCUGUGAGGGGUGGGGUUCGGCUACACUGAUACCACCAAAGAACAGAAGCUCACAGAGGAAGAACACGGAGAGGCGGAAAAAGACAGCCGAACAUAAAGAGAGAGAGCGAGAGAGAGAGAAGAGGGGGGAAGAUUGCACCUGAAGAGGAAUAUCAUACGGGAUGAAAGGAGACACCCCAGUGAACAGCACCAUGAGCGUCGGCCAGGCCAGGAAGCUGGUGGAGCAGCUGAAGAUUGAGGCUAGUUUCUGCAGGAUAAAGGUUUCGAAGGCGGCGGCCGACCUGAUGGCGUACUGCGACGCGCACGCCUGCGACGACCCCCUGAUCACCCCGGUGCCCACCUCAGAAAACCCUUUCAGGGAGAAGAAGUUCUUCUGUGCUCUGCUUUGAGACAAAUCAGGGAUUGUUGUUGAUUCAAAGUACAACUGUACAGUACGUACAUGUAUGUACAGCGCGUACGUGUACUUCCAACUCAAACAAGACGUCGGUGUACUAUAGUAGCCUCGCAUAAAGUAAAAAAAAAAGCUGCCAAUGUACAGUUAAGAGUCAUCUACAAAAUGUCUUGGUMUAAAUUUCUUGAAUCUGGGAAAUUUGUACAAAGGGAUAAAAAAACAAGGAUUUGAGACAAAAAAAAUGUGAACAUAAUAAAGAUAAUGAAGAUGCUAUAAAAUCCUAAGUGAAAAAGCUGUCAUCUGAUUUCAAACACGUAUAUCUCAUGCUCGAAGAAGCUACAAGUAACUGCUAAAAUGGACAAAAUAUUCAUCCAAUAUUAGUUUUGAAUUGUUGUAACAUGUCAUAAUUCAGUUUAUAGCUUUCAGUGGUGCUAUAUGUUCAGAAAUUACAGGUGAAGWUKGACAUUUACCCUCUAAAAAUUCGUUUUACUUUGGUGGUUUCUCAUACAUGUAUGCUGAUGAUAUUGAGCUUUUUCUACCAGGUCAAGCUAUAUGUUUUGGUAUUCUGGCAGUUACUUGUACCAGYUAAAGACAACAGCUGUUUAYGAACUUCAACAUGUAAUUUAUCAGUUUUGUCAAGAUUUAACGUUACGCUCAUUUAUUAUAUCGCUGUGGCGUGGAUGUUGAAGCGUAUGUGUGUGUGCGUGUGUGUAAGGCUAGGUGCUACUGUGAAAGCUAAGCAACAAGUAUUUGAGCAUUGUAAAUUGGAGAUUUUAUAGUUCGAUAGCGCACCGACCCCAUUGCAGCUCACUCCAGCGAUUAUUUAAGGACAUUUGACGUGUACUCGAAGAAGCAAACAUCAGCUAUUACAUUAACUCUGUCGUAUAUGAAUAAUUUUCUAUCUUUAGAGCACAAAACAGCUGCAGCAGUUAYGGCRUACUUUUGCAGACGGGUGUGUGUGUGGCCAUCUAGAUGAGAGACGUUCCUGUGCAGAGAGCCCGCCUCUUCCAAAGUGUUUUUAAUGGUGUUCAUGUAACAGGCUACUUGUGUUUUAAAUCCCUGCGUUAAAAAAAAAAAAAAUUAAAAAUUAUCUCUGGCAUCUGGAAUUUUGUGACCAUCCCUUGCAUUGUCAGUACCUUGCAAAACAUCGAAUCUGGAAAGAAAAAAGAAACAGUGGCAGAAAAUCUUACCAUGGAAAAUGAAGCACUGAAAUAAAACUUCCCGUCAUCAAA